UAUAUCAAGAAGUUUUGGGUGCUGGAGAUGAUACCACAUUAGAAAAGACAGCAGCCACAGAAGAUGCAAAUACAACAAAUGAAGUUAUUGAAACUGCUCUUGUACAGAAAGAUUCACAGUCUAAUGAGACAGCACCAACCGAAAAUAUACAAACAGAAAAGCAGAAGCCAUCGUUGAAGUCCAACCUAAUAUUAAUAUAGUGGUAGAGGAUAUUUCUGAAACCCAAUCUUCUGUUGAAGAUGGUUUAGAAAAAGUGUUAUUGAAAGUAGAAAACGAUGCCAUAACUGAAACAACAACCACUGCAGAUCAAAGAGAAAAUGCCACAAACGUAGAUAGCGAAACUGUUUCUCAACCGAAAGACUUAAAAGUCACUGACACAGUUCCAGCAGAAAAUAUACAAACAGAAAAGAUAGAAGCCAUCGUUGAGGUUCAACCAAGUAUCAAAAUAACGGAAGAAGUUUCUUCAGAAAACCCGUCUCCUGGUACAGAUGAAUCAGAAGUAGUAGUGAAUCAAGUAGUAGUUCUAGAUACUGAACAUACCUCCACAACGGAAGGAAUUACAGAUCUAAAAGAAUUACAAUCUGAUGACGCUAUCCCAACUGAAAAUGUACAAUCAAAAACGGUACAAGCUAUCGUUGAUGUUGAACCAAUUGUCGACUCGACCUUACAUGAAAAAGUUUCUGAAAAACCAUCUCCUGUUGAAAUUGAAUCAGCUAAUGUACAAGUUGUUCUGGAUGCAGAAAAUAAUACCACAACCGAAGCGCCAACGACUGCAGAAGGUCAAAUAAAAAAUACAACUAACGAAGUUAGCGAAACUGUUCCUGAACCGAAAGAAUCAAAAUCUAAUGAGCCAGUAGAAAAUAUACUAAAGGAAAAAACAGAACUCAUCGUUGAAGUUGAAACUAAUAUCAAAGCCGCAACAGAAGCAUUACCUCUGCAAGAUGCUGCUGGAGUUGAAUCUGAACAAUCCCACACUGAUCAAACAAUCGAUUUACUUGUGGAAACAGAAACGAAGAACGAUACUCUGGAAUCAGGUGAUAUUGAUAGUAAGAAACUUGUAAAUGAAACAGUUUCUCUAGAAGAUGCUUUAGUUCAGCCUGUAGAAGCUAAAGAAAUUGCUGGAGAAAAAGUUACUCUUCUUGACGAAAAAAUAGAAAAUGCUUCGCCAAACUCAGAUGCCACAGUGGAAACAAUUGAGGAGCAUGUCCCAGAAGUAACUGUAUCUACGACGAAUGAACAGGAGGAGACAGCUGGAGUUGUUCCAGAAAAAAAUAUUAUCACAGAAAUACUGCAUUCCGUGAACUCAAUUGAGCCUGUAAUUUUAAGUAGUGCUGAUGCAUCAGUUGAAGUAGUAUCCAUCAAUGAGGCUCGUGGGCAUUCAGAAGAGCCAACAUGUGAGCCAUCAGAAGCAGAAUCAUCCGCUCGUGGGCCCAUUAUUGAAAGAAGUACUCGACGAAGCAGUGGAGGCCUCAGAGGAAGUCGUCACGGCUAUUCAAGGUCUGAUAAGCGCAGCAGAUGAGCAGUUACUGAAAAUAGAUAGCAUUAAAAAAUCGGCGAGAAACUUAAGCAAGGAAACAGAAGAAAAGGACAAUACCGAAACAGAUGAGAAGAUUCCCGAGCAGAAUGGUCACGUUUGUAAAUCCGUAGACGAUAGGAAUACUGUAGAAUCAUCCGAGUUACAACAACAGCAGGAAGAAGUAGACGACGGCGAGCCCUCAACUUGAGCAGGUCGAUGAUGAAGAAAAGGCUCAA